UCCUUCUUCAUAAAUUUCCUGAACGCCAUAUUGCAAUCCGAUAGCAUUGCACAAAUUUUUCAUAGGGAACUGUAUUGGCCAAGAAUUUCACAUUUAUCCCAGUAGCCCACAUUUAACAUAACCAUGGACGAAUUUGACCCCACUUUCGCUUCUUCUGAGCAACCAAUACAGAGCGGCGCACCAUUCGAUAAUGAUGAUUUUGUUCAACUAGACACACCGAAAGGAGAGGCCGUUACCUCGUCGAGGCUUGAUGAUGAGGCUGCAGAAGAAGAUCUGUACACAGGCGCUCCUCUGCAAAGUUCCGAAGCGGAGCCCUCUGUUCCUACAGCAAAUUUAUUAGGAGGUGGAUUUGAAGAUCAAGAACCAAUUUCUUCUACGACUGACCUUAUUAACGAGGAGCCCGAAUGUUUAAUCCCAGAUACAAAUGUUACCGAACCCGUAGAAGAUACGGGUUUCUCGUUAACAGACCCGCCAGAAGAAACCAAAGAGCCUGCCAAAACAGGAGGCAUAUUCGAUGGAUUGCAAAAAAUGGACACCAGAGAGAUGCAGGAAGCCAGUGACUUUGAUGGUAAAAUUACAGAGGACACUGUUGAGGAGUGUGUUGGGGAUGAAGCAGUGGUGACUAGUAAUAGCUGUAGUCAACACAAAGUGGUUGAGUUGAUCUAUUGGCGUGAUCCUAAAAAGAGUGGAAUUGUGUUCGGCAGCUGUCUGUUCCUUCUAUUGUCUCUCAGCUUCAACUCUCUCAUUAGUGUAGUGGCGUACCUUUCUCUGGCCGUUCUCACCGUCACUAUCAGUUUCCGUGUGUACAAGACAGUCCUACAGGCUGUGCAGAAGACCGGAGACUCCAACCCUUUCAAACCUUUCUUGGAUGUUGAUGUUGAACUGCCAAGAGAUAAAGUUGACAAGGUAGUCGACAAUGCCGUUGAGAAGCUCAACUGUCUCCAAGUUGAGUUACGCCGUCUUUUCCUGGUUGAAGAUCUAGUGGAUUCUAUCAAGUUUGCCGUUAUGUUGUGGCUGAUGACCUACAUCGGAGCAUGGUUCAACGGUUUAACGUUACUUAUCCUGGGUUUCAUCGGUCUCUUCACCAUUCCCAAAGUAUACGAGUUGCAUCAGGAAAAGAUUGAUAACUACAUUGACCUUGUUAACCAACAAGUCAAGGAGAUCAUGAACAAGGUUCAAGCCAAAGUACCUUGGUUAAAGAAGAAAACUGCAUAAAACAUCAAUUGAUAUAUGUAUUAGUUUUAGUGUCUAAAUGUUUGUUGCACUUCUGCCAUUAAUUAUACAGUGGGGGUUGGGGGGAUGGCUCUGAAUAUAGGAUAUUCUCUAUCGCAUAACUAGUUAGAAGAUAUUAUAAAGAUAGCAACAGCAAAUUAAUCUAGGUAGAAUAUUUCCCGCCCCCAAAGACAUCAAGAUUCACUAUUACAGUAUAGUUUAUUUAAUCCUAAAUGGCAGUCUCUCACUUCAUGUCGUUUGGAGCACUGUCAUGAGACGCUUUCUAUCUCAUAACAAUUCGUGUUGUGUACUGUAACAUCCGACGCGUUUUUUUGACAAUGUAGUUUCUAUUUCCCCAGCGUGCGUGGGCAGUUGUAACAAAAAACAGCUCGCCUAAACAUGUCUGGGGAUUGGUUUGUAAUACUUCUGUACAAAAAAAAUAUAAAAUAAAAUGUUGUUUUUGAUUGAUCAAUGUAUUUAAACUGAUUGAUAUUGGAUGUGAUGUUUUUUUUGAUGUACUUUUAUGCCAUGUGGAAGUUCUGAACCAGAUUACCGUAACAUGAAUAUAUUAUUAAAAUAAAAUAAAAACAUUGAGUGAAACUUUUUUUUUUUUUUUGCCAUUAUCAAACUUAGAUAGUAUUCAAAUUUACAGUCGUUUUGUGGCAUUAUUUUUCUUUGGGUCAAAUGAAAAGCUUUAUUUUGAAUUUCAGCUGGCUAGUUUUGUUUACCAGAGUUUUAAAGCCAUCAAUUUUUUGCCACGUGUAGUGUAAUCAGUACUUAGAUUCUUAAUGUAGUUGCAUUUACUUCCGACUUGGACUCUGCGUUUGGGAUAAUUCUGUCCACAUCGUUAACAUAAAUGUGGGUUAUACAUGUAUAUAUCUUGUGCUUUGAUAUUUGACUGUGCCUUCAUUCUUGUGUCGUUUCCUCCGUCUUCAUAAGUAAGUCAUUGUUUCAAUCAUGCAUAUAAUAGCAGUACCCACUAUUUUUUUUUUUUUUUUUACAAGAACUUUUUUGGACCACACACUCACUUGAGUUGUAUAAUAAAGCAAUUAUAAUUUAUAUUCUAAAAAUAUGACAUUUGUUUUUUUGCUUCGCACUGUAUGUCAGAACCUAUACCUUUUUUCUAAUUCAAAAAAAAGAUUAUUUUGUAGAUGUAAUUUGAUGCAAAUUUAUCAAUCUUUUAUUCUAGAUUUUUUUUUUUUUGAGUUGGAUGUCUGCGUUAUUUUUGUUUUCCUGUUGAUCACAAGCCGAUGUGUACUUAGAUUUUCAGUUUUUAUUGUGGCUUUGUUUAAUAAUUGGGCGACUUCAUUAUCAUGUUUUCACAAGAGUUUAUUUGUUUAUACCUAAAAUAUUCAUCAUCAUCAGAUAUCAUCAAGUAUCAUUGUAACUGUUCUAUUAUAAUAUCAUCCAAUAAACUUGUAGAAUCUCGUAUAAA